AUGCCAUCCACGAUGCAGCGCUCAUCAUAUCGCUCUACAGUCCUCGAGAGAGACAGUUCGUCAAGAGACAUGCAUAAGGCAUUCGAGAAAUCGCCCCAACCCAAGUAUGCUUCCGCCUCCUACGAUGCCCGCCGGCCUGCGAACGAACAUCCCCCACCCCCACCUCCCAGCCCCGUGAGCUGGAAAUACGACAAGCAGCGCCAUUAG